AUGGAGGCACUACGACUUCUUGGGAAUGAGGCUGAGCGACAACUUUCAUGUCAAAGACUUGAUGGCUCUCGGGAUCCAGCUAUCAUGGACGCGAAUCAACAGAUGAGAGACAAUGAUUAUUAUGAAAAGCUUAGCUCUCUACAGCAACAGAUCAUUGGCCACGUUGGCAACGAAUCGAUACACUGGUGUAAUUCACGAUUGCAUCACGCAUCACUACUCUGGCAACUUCCAUCUUUUUGCAAUGAUGGCAUCGUCGUCCGCCAAAGGGCCAUCAAGAAGCGCAAUUGGGCCCUCCGAACAUCUGCCAAGCUAAGGAUAUAUGAUACUGAUGAUAUUUGGAGAUAUAGUGAGUCUGUAAAGCGACUGGAGAAAUUCAGCAUCGAGAUGAUCGAUCGACUCGAGUCUGCCGAGCUAGUCCUUUAUCUUUUAAAGCCUCUACCAGACGGCCUCACUGAAUUGUCGACAUUUAAAAUGAUCGAUGUUCUACGACAGCUGGUAAUCCAGUCUUUACAGGCGUUAAAUACGGAAACGACUUUCCAGACGCUGGGCUUUCUCGCUAAACUAAGGCAAAAUUUCGAAUCUAGAGAAGAAAGGCACUGGUACCGGCUGCUGGCAGAUCUUCUGAUACUGCACCCACGCGUCACCAUCAUCAUUGACGUGGGGAUCCUACGUCAAAACUUCCAAGAAGCUGAUGCGUGGCCGGCUGGAUUUGCGAACCUCUUGCAGCUGCUGGAAGACAAAACCUACGUAAAGAUGAUGUUGGUAACUGGUCAUCCUAUGACUCCCCCCGACGAUCCAGUGGUUAGGUCAAUUAAGGUCGGUCAUAUUACAAACAGGGGUUUCUCCCCGAGAUUACCGAUGCGCCGUCUGCGCGACUCAGCUGGGAGCGAAGAAGGACGCCAGAAACCCCACAACACCACGAGAGAUCAAGGUAACUCAAAUGUGACAAAUGACCUGGCAUUUUUCAAUAGUCGUGAGGGCGAGAUAAUUUCUUGCGGGUCUAUCAACGAGACAAACCCUCUUGUUGAAGACGCUACUCUGACUGAUCAAUCGGAACACACAAUAGCGAAACCAUCUAAUAAUUCCGAUGCAUCUGCCCAUGGAUUGACGGGUAUGCUGGAUAAAUAUAGUCAGGGAGCUUUCCAGGCGUCCGCUGAUGACUCAGAGACGAGAUCAACAACCCGAUGGUUCAAACUACUACGAGAUAGAACACACGAGUUCCUGUACCGCCAAGGUUUGGAGUCGAUCUCUGCAGUUAAAAUUGCUGUUCUCGACACUGGGUUUGCCUACGAAUCACCCGAGGAGAAACGGGCCCUGAAACCAUACUACCAACGCAUCAAGAAAUGUGUCAACUUCAUUGAUGGCGACCCGGACUCUAAAGCCAAGACGGAUCCUUCCGGACAUGGAACAGCAGUAGCGGUACAAAUACUCAAAGUAAGUCUAACGGCUGUCUUGUAUAUCUGUCGGGUGGUCCGUUCCGAUGGGGUUCCAGAUAAGGCGGCUGUUGAAAAGGCUAUAAGAAUAGCGGCUGCUAAACCAACUAAAGACAGUCCAGAAGGGUGGGGGGUUGAUAUCAUCAACAUGUCCUUCGGCUGGCCUUUUAGUCAUGAAGGCGUCCGAGAUGCUAUUCACCUUGCACGCCAAGAUGGAGUUCACAUGUUUGCGUCAACCUCCAAUGACGGGCUCCUGGGUGAUAUCCUAUACCCGGCACGCGAUGAGAAUGUGAUUGCUGUGGAUGCAGCCGGCGGUUUUGGAGAGCAUGCCGGAAGUGCCCCGUCUUCGACUUCUGAGCACAGUCGAGGCUUACGAUUCAGUGCACCAGGUAUGGGGAUAACCUCUCCAAAUACCAAGACCAUCUAUUCAGGCUCUUCGUUCGCAUGCCCCAUUGCUGCGGGAGUCACAGCCUUGAUACUUGAGUUCGCUCGACAGAGUCCUCUGAGCAAAAGCCCGGAUGUUCAGGUGUACUUGAAGCGAAUGCCUGCGAUACUUGCUAUGUUGAGACGUGCGAGCGUCGAGAAAGGUGGCGAUGGCGUCAAGUUUUUAACGCCUUGGGAACUGAUUGGUAAUAUCGGGGAGAAGAGGUUGAUAACUGCUUGGAAUGUCGUUAGAGAGCUACAACGUGAGUAUGGCUUGCAAGUGACUGUUACUGCGUUAGUGGAACCAGGUAUGUGCCUCAAGCCUCUUAGCUAA